AUGCUGGAAGCCAAUCAGAAACCAGAGGACUAUGAUAAAAUUAAAACCACAACCAAAACUAGAUUAGACCAAGCCGAAAAAGACCGCGAUGCUUACUUAGCCGAAUUAACUAAAGAACAAGAAAAAUCAAAAAAUCUUAUUGACCCUAAAGACUUGGAGCAAAAAGCCAAAGAAGCAGCCCGUCAACAAGCCGGAUUAAAAACAGAAAAUGAAGUAAAUACUCAGUUAGAUAAAAUAGCCCAACAAUUAGGUUUAGGUAAUCAUAAUAAUUUAACGAAUGAUAACCUAACUAAUCUUCAAGGGGCAGAAAAAGAAAGAAAUCAAGGUCGGCAAAAUUUACGGACUGAUAACUUAACUACCCUUCCGCAAAUACCUGAAGGUGAAACACUCCAAACUUUACUAGAACGACCAACUCAACAAGAAAAAGAAGAAGCGGUUAACAAUGCCCGUCAACAAGAGGCUAAUAAAUAUAAUGGUUAUAUUGACCCGACUGAUAAAAACCAAUUAAAGCCAGAGGCUGAAAAGGCUGGUUUUGGUUUUACUCAACAAGAUAUUGAUAAUGCUAUAAGGCAAUCAAGGAUACCGAGGACCAAUAUGAAGGAUGAGUUGAUCCUAAUACUUACCGGAAAGACUGGAUUGAUCCUGCUGACCCAAAACCAGUUAGGAGUAGGAGACUUAACUAAAUUACCAGACUUGAAAGGAAAAAGUUUGGAGCAGUUAUUGACGGAUAAUGAGAAAUUGCUAAAAGCCCAGCAGCAAUUAACAGAAAAAAAUAAUAGUUUAAACCUAAACUUGAAUAAUGCGAAUGAGCAAGUAAAAAAUUACCAAGACGGAUUGAAGGCAUUGGUGCGUCAAAGCGGGCAAUUAAAGCAAUUCCAGAAUGAUUUAGAAAAACUCCAAAAUCAACUACUUCAAGAGAAAGAGGGGCGAGAACUAGAAAAGAAAAUUCGAGAAGGUUAUCAAAGCAUCAUCACCUCCUUAAAUGAUAAACUAGCAGAUAAAGAUAACAAGUUAAAAGAGGUUAAAUUAGCCCAAGAAAAAAUAAGAGAAGAAAAUAAUGAAUUAAUUCAAAAAAAUGAGUCAUUACUUGACAUGAAAAAUAACUUAGAAGACCAGUUGGAACAAGAAAUAAUUGAAAAAACUUCCCUCAUGCAGGAAAAAGAAGUGCUAACUACAGAAAAACAAGAAAUAGAAGCAAAACUUAACCAAGAGUUAGAAAAAGUUUUAAGCGAAUUAGAAAAAAAGACUCAAAAUAAUCAGCAAAUUAAAGCAGAAAUAAACAAACUUAAAAAAACUAAGAAAACUACAAUUAGGGAAGGAACUAAAGAUCAAGAAAAAGAGAUUAAGGAAUUGAAAGAGGAAAUUGAAAAAGAAAAAACAAGCCACCAAAAUAAACAAAAGAAAUACGAAGAAAACCUCAAUAAUUUAAAGGAUGAAUUAGACAAAGAAAAAGAGGCCCACCAAGGCACUAAAGAUAGUCUGACAAAGAUUGAACAACAAAUAAUUGAAGAGCUAAAUAAUACCUUAAAACUUGAUUUACAAAAUCCAACCUUGAAACAAGUAAUAACUCGCAUUCGAGAAUUAAUCAACAAGGACCCACUGAAUGACGAAAAUGUUAAAAAAGAAUUAGCCGCCGCACAAGCAACUAUCAUUCAAUUACAAAAACAAUUGGCGGAAAGACCCGACACUCCUUUUGGUGAAGAUUUAGCAGUUAUUAAAGAGACUGAUUUACAAAGUUUAGAACAAUUAUUCCCUAAUCAGUUAGAUAAUCAUUUCCGAGAGCAAAUUAGACAAGCCACUAAUUAUCAGCAACUAGCCACUGCUCGGCAAAACUUUAUUCAAAAACAUAUUUCAAAAAAUUCUGGCAACCAGCAAGUAGUUACUCAGCCUCACUUGCCAGCCAUUCAGCAACCACCUAAAGAAAGAAUAAUCUGA